AUGGAGAAGGUGAACAUCGAGCCAUGUGUGAAGAUGGACACCCAAACCCUUGAUCUUCUCAAGAUAAGAGAUGAUGUCACAUGGUACAUAAGGAAGCUAGGCUUGAGCAAGCUCUUCAAGCUAGAAUGUAGUGAGUACUCACAACUCACCAAGGAGUUCCUCUCCACAGUAGCUCUUGCCUUUCCCAACCACAAUGGAGACCAACCAGCUGCACAUGACUUCAAGGAGAACUCAAAGAGGAAACAAGCUGCCUUUGCUGAUUGGACACACUUUGCCAAUGAACCAUUCUUGCCUUCAAGGUCAAAGGUGUCUAGAAUCACUCAUCCAGCCAUUCGCUAUGUGCACCGCCUCAUCUCCACCACUUUCCAAUGCAAACAAGAAGCCAACAAGGUCACAACUGAUGAGUUCUACAUCCUCACCACACCAUUCAUCAAGCAUGAGUACAAGGCCAACCUUGGACUUUUACUUGCCAAGACAUUCAUCAAUGUGAGGAAGCUAGCUAAAGACUUGGAAGGCAACAAGAAGCUUUGUGUUCGUUUUGGGAGGCUUAUCACGGCCAUAGUACUGCAUGUGGGGAUUGACAUUCCCAACUAUGAGCCACUACCCAAGCCAACCCCUUUGGAUCUCCAUGCUCUUCAGCACAUCCACUUCCUAAACCGUUGGACUAAAGACCCAACUCGGUUUUGCUAUGAGUUUCCAAUUGGUCCAGCCAACACUUCCCUUGUCUUGCUGCCACAUGAGACAUCCCAAGCCUACGCUCAGGAGUUGUCACUUUCCAGCCCAAUGAGGAAGAGUUCUAUGUUCCAUCAAGUGAGAAACCAUCAUUCCCCAUGCUCACCUAUCGCACACUUCAGCAUGCAGUCAAGACUCAACGCCGCAUCCAAGAACGCCAUGUUCUCACUACUGGCAUGGC